AUGUAAUUUCUUUAAAAACUAAUUGCAAUACCCAAAAAUGUGUUAUUGUCCCUAAAAUAAUUUUAAUCAAAAAAACAAUAGAUAUAAACAGUAGAACCUAUUAAAUUAAGUGAAGAUUGUAAAAUUGAGACUUUUGAAAUUGUGGAGGAACACAGAGUAAGAAAGAGAAAAUAAUUAACCGAUAAAUAGAUUUAGACAGAUCUUGUUUAUGAAAGAACUAUUCAGAAUUCUAAUUAGAAACAAAGGAACAAGAGGAGUAAUUCAAAAUAAUCAAAAUAAUUGAAGAAAAUAUAAAAAUAUACUGAAAAAUAAAGUUAGAGUCUUAGUGAAGCAUCUGAUAAAACUAAACCCUCUUAAUACUCCUAUUGUUAGAGUACCUUUUUACAUUCGUUUGAAUUGAGUGACAAGUAAGCAAAGAUAGAAAAUGCGAAAUCAUUUUAUCCCGCGAAAAGCAAAUCUGUAUAAUAAACUCAUCAAUAACUAUUUAAUAAUUAUCUUCAUAAGCUUAAAUUUAAUUUAGAUGAUAAGGAACUCCUUAUUAUGAAGUAGAACAAAGACAAUAUCAAUCUUUGA